AUGGCUACACAGCUCUCCAUAGUCAUCAUGCUUAGUAUGCUGGCGUUUGCAAUGCCAGCGGCUAUCAAGCCAAAAUCCUGUUUACAAGAGAAAUUAGUAUCGGGAACUCUGCAAAAUGGUUACUUUAUCUUAUAUGAUAAAAAUAAUCAGCCCUAUACCACAUUUUGCGAUUUUCAUUCUGAUCCUGGAUUUGUUUGGACACUUGUUGAGUCACUUUCAUUAACUAAUUCUAGAAAGGCUAAAUAUCGUAAAAGCUUCGAUUAUAAUGCUCCGACGCCAAGUUGUACUCGUAUAAAUUGGCAAGAAUAUCGAUUAAGUACUGCAACAAUGAAAUCGAUUAAAAAUGCUCGAGGAUCGACUCAUUAUCGAGCGACUUGUAAUUUUAAUCCAGAUGAUAUUAAAGGAAUCCGUAAUCAUCGAGACUAUCUUCGAGUUUCAUCUUGCAACUAUCAAUGGUUCUUCAAAAGUUCAAAAGCUUACCAUUGCACUAAAGUGGAUUACGUUAACAUUCGUGGUCAUACCUGUAGACAGUGUAGUAUACCGAUAUGGGAUGGUGGAAAUAGUUUUCAUCUAUUGAUACACGUUAAUUACGCAGCAGGUUUCGGACCUAAAACCGGUUUUGCUACGCAAGUCACUUCAUCUAUUAGAAAUUAA